CCUAUUGCAGCAAGCCCAUUUCGUUUGCCCUAGACCUCCAACCCUCGAUAUAAAUACCCUGGACAAAUCAGGGUUUCGCAUUCUCUUCAUCGUUUCACUUCGAGCUUCAGGCGGCGCCGUCCCCCUCCUCCUUCGCCCCUCUCUCUCUCUAAAACGGUGUUUCAGUGAUGGCGGAGGUGGUACCAGUUGCUGUCGUUCCCCAGCCCGAUGACAAGAGCAAGGAGAAUAUCGUCCAUUCCGAUGUCAAGCUCUUCAACAAAUGGUCUUUCGACAGUAGUGAAGUUCAGGUUAGUGACAUGUCCGUGACGGAUUACAUUGCUGUGAGUGCUGCCAAGCAUGCAACUUAUGUGCCUCACACAGCUGGGAGGUACUCAAACAAGCGGUUUAGGAAGGCUCAAUGCCCAAUUGUGGAAAGGCUUACCAACUCUUUGAUGAUGCAUGGACGAAACAAUGGGAAGAAGCUCAUGGCAGUCCGCAUUGUUAAGCACGCAAUGGAAAUUAUUCAUCUGCUGACUGAUCAAAAUCCCAUUCAAGUCAUUGUUGAUGCUGUAAUCAACAGUGGACCAAGGGAAGAUGCAACUCGAAUUGGUUCGGCUGGUGUUGUGAGGCGUCAAGCUGUUGAUAUAUCUCCGCUGCGACGUGUUAACCAGGCUAUUUAUCUCCUGACAACCGGUGCCCGUGAGAGUGCUUUCAGGAACAUCAAGACCAUUGCUGAAUGUCUUGCCGACGAGCUUAUCAAUGCUGCCAAAGGGUCUUCCAACAGUUACGCAAUUAAGAAAAAGGAUGAGAUUGAAAGGGUUGCAAAAGCCAACCGUUGAAGUUUGAGAGACAAGGCUUGUUUGGCUUGUUGCCAUGGAGUUACUGUUUCCUACAGUAUUAUUUUUCUCUUUUGCUAGUUUUUCAGAUUGAGUAUUGCAACUAACAGUUUGAAGUUAUCAUUCUGUGGUUUUGUAUUUGGAUUUUGAUUCUCUUUGGAGAUGAAAUUAUGAAGUACCCGUCUGUUUUGCACUAGAGUAUAAA